AUGGCUCGCUCCAUCCGCCUCUUAUCGCCGAGACGCUGGCCGUCUCCCGUCUCUCGCUUUCACCGCACUUAUUCCACUACCACAUCCUCCAACCCAGCACAGCCAUGGAGUUAUCCUCCGUCAUGGACCAACGUCGCCGAAGAUGAAAUCGCCAAAUUGGCAGCCAUGCGGCGGCUGCCAUUGACGCUGGGCCAUCUCCUCAAACACGGCCAACCUCCGUUAUCCAAACAAGCUCUACUAGAUUCUGCCAAUUUUACUCUAUCUCUCCUGCCAGCGCGUUUGGCAUACCGAAUCCAAUGUCUGCGGAACCUCCCCUUUAUCGUUGUAUCCAAUCCACAUGUUUCGCGAAUCUACAACAACUACCUACACUCGCUGUCGACCUUGUUGCCGUAUCAACAGCGCCGAAUCACCACCCUGGAUGAAGAGAAACAGUUUGCCGAGGUGAUGUCAGACCUCGUCCAGACACACUCCAACACCAUCCCCAUUCUGGCACGCGGGUUCCUCGAAUGCCGGAAAUAUAUCAGCCCGGAAGAAGUCACCCAGUUUCUCGACUCGCACCUGCGAGCACGCAUAGGGACGAGGCUAAUUGCCGAGCAACAUUUGGCUCUGCAUUUUGCGUCACAGCCCAUCAGCGACGAAAAUCCGAACCCGCCCGCCUCUCAGCGAGAGCAGUGUCCGCCAAAUUACAUCGGCGUCAUUGACACAAUGCUGCGACCAUCGCAAAUCAUCAGGUCGUGCGAGCAUUUUGUUGGGGAAAUCUGUGAGCUAAAAUACGGCGUGCGACCCAGCCUCGUGAUCGGCGGCGAACCAGACACGGCUUUUGCCUACAUCCCCGUACACGUAGAAUAUAUCAUCACAGAGCUGCUAAAGAACGCCUUCCGAGCGGUCGUAGAGUCUGGCAACGAGCGCGAGCCGAUCGAAGUGACCAUUGCCGCAGCGCCUGACGUACCGGGCAACCAUCCGAAUCCAAUACCCCAUCUCCCACACCACGCGCGCGAUGGCGACGUCAAUGUCGAGAUUGGCCAGGAAGUGCCUGUUGCCAACGAAAACAUCCGGCUCACAAACGCUUCGUCGCAGAGCAUCACCAUCCGCAUCCGCGACCGCGGCGGCGGCAUUCCGCCCGAGGUACUCCCCCAAAUCUGGUCGUAUAGUUUCACGACAUUCUCCGAAAACGACCUGCCCGGGGGAACCAACGGCAAUAUUGACGCACUAAACACGAUAUCCGGCAGUGGUGGGAACACCAGCACGAUUGCCGGGCUGGGCUAUGGCUUGCCCCUGAGCAGGGCGUAUGCUGAAUACUUUGGAGGCAGCAUUGCCGUGCAGAGCCUGUGGGGAUGGGGGACCGAUGUGUACUUGACUCUGCAGGGCGUUGGACGUAUUCAAGAUUGA